GUCAUUUUAUCUUUUUUUUUUGUUAAAAAAAGGUGCUACUUUUGAUGCGUUUUGAGGGUUCUUAUACUGUUUUCCACCUAAAAUCCUCAUGAGAGCCUCAUUGUUGGCUUGCCUCUUUUCAGUCUUUGGGAUUUCUUGAUGUGAUUCGCAGAUUGUUGGCCUCUUUUCAUCUCAAAUCCUUGGAAAAUCUCCCUCUCUGGCUAACUAAUGUUUAGCUCUGGUGAGAUUUUUCUCAGGUACUUCGAAGCUUGUGGCUUGUUCUCCAGCUAAAAAAACUGAGGAACUCUGGUCUUGGAUUAGCUCCCUUUUAGUUUAGGAACAACUUAUAGUGGUGUUUUGGAGCUUGUCACUCUGUUUUCCAUUCAAAAUACUCCAAAAGAGAAAGGAAAAAGAAGUUCUAUCUUGGAUUCCCUUCCUUUUAGUUCGAUGAUAAUUUCAAUUUUUUAAAGGUGUUCUGAGGUUUGUUAUGCUGUUUUCCAUCUAGUAUCCACUUGAAAAAUCUCAUCUUGGCUCAACUCUCUCCUAGGUGAUCUGAAAAAGGAUUUCCCUUCUUUUUUUUUGUUCCCUUUGGUGAAGAAAGGAUGGGAGAAACCCAGCCAAAGAUUUAUUUCAGUGAGAAGUGGAGAGAUGGAGAUUUUUUUUUGAGAUGUAUUGAAGUUUUGUUCUUCUAGUUCCCAUGCAAGAGUCUCUCAAAACCCCAUCUCUGGUUUGUCCCCUUGUUUUUUUUGAUGUCUUCUAAUGUUUGUUGCUCUGUGUUCUAUCUGAAAGCCUCAGAGAAAUCCAGUCUUGUGUUUACUUCUUCUAGCUUUUGGGGUCUAUCCUUAUCCCCAAUCUGUGCUCCUUUCAUGGGAAACAAAAACCCUAGAAAAACCCUAGCUCUCCAAACCCUCCUGCUCCUCCUUGCUUUCCUCCUCUUCCAGACCCCAGAGACCACCCUCUCCCAACCCCUCCACUCAGAGCCCAUCUUCUCCCAGUCCCCCACACCCUCUCCCCCAUCAAAGAUUCCCAAAACCUCCCACACUGCCCACAUUCGCCGAAUAAUCCUCGGCAUCGUCUUCGGUUUGUUCGCCGGCAUUGCCGCCUCGGUGGUCUUCCUCUUCUUGAUUCGCCUCUUCAUCCUGUUUGCCAACCGCACCCCAAUUCUCAAAGGCCCGGUCAUCUUCACUCCCCAAAUCUCCCCCAAAACCCUCCAAUUCGCACUCUCCAGCCAAUCUGAAUCAACCCAAUUGCUUGGGUCCAGCAUCAAUGGAAAAUACUACAGAGUGGUCCUCGAUGAUGAGCUCAUGGUGGCGGUGAAGAGGCUUGAACCCAUCUGCUCCAAUGCCUCUCCACUCCCAAAUUCCAACUCUCACAAGAGAAGAGUGCAGCAAGAGCUCGAAAUGCUGGCCCGGGUGAAGCACCGCAACGUGAUGAGUCUCAGGGCCUACAUUCGUGACCAUGAUCGAUUCUCGUUGGUAUAUGACUAUGUUCCUGGUGGAAGCCUUGAGGAUGUGAUGAAGAGGGUGAGGUCGCAGCAAACUACUCUUGGAUGGGAUGUGAGGCAUCGGAUCGCCGUCGGGAUGGCGAGGGGACUGAAGUACCUGCAUUUCGAAUGUAGCCCAAGGAUUCUGCAUUACAAUCUGAAGCCCUCUAAUGUGAUGCUGGAUGAAGGGUUUGAGCCAAGGUUAGGUGAUUGUGGAUUGGCGAGGCUGGUUGCAGCAAGUUUGGAUGUGCCAAGCUGCUCCUACUAUGUUGCUCCUGAAUGCCAUCAGAGCUGCAGGUACACAGAUAAGAGCGACAUCUAUAGUUUUGGGAUGAUCCUUGGUGUGUUGCUCACGGGGAAAGACCCGUCGGAUUCAUUCUUCACUGGAGAGGCAGGGAGGGGCAGCUUUGGCCGAUGGCUCAGGCACUUGCAGCAAGCUGGAGAGGCUCAAGAGGCAUUAGAUAAGGCCAUAUUAGGGGAGGAAGUAGAGGAGGAGGAGAUGCUGAUGGCUCUUAGAAUUGCUCUUGUGUGCUUAUCGGACUUGCCAGCCGACCGGCCAUCAAGCGACGAGCUCGUGGCCAUGCUUACCCAACUCCAUAGCUUCUGACACCACCCUCCCAUCUCUUCUUGUAUCUAGAUUGUGAUGAUACCGAUUCAAUGCCAUCUCGGUGUUGGUUAUUGAGGCCCAAGCUGUUUCCAUAUUUCAUUUGAUGCCACCCUCCAUUCCCUUGAAUGUAGUCUCCUGUGAUCGAUUCAGUCUUGUGGUUGUUGGUGAAGGUCUAAACAUGUUGUCAUGAUUCGCUUUUGAUGCCAUCCUCACCCAACUCCACUCUCAUGCUUGUAGAUUAUGAUGGCUCAAGUUUUGUGAACCUUUUUUUUUUUGGCUUUGUAUCUCUAAACAAUGUAAAUAUGUGCUUUGAUCUGAGUCUAUUCACCAUUCAU